UCCCGGGUCUCCUCCCCGCGCCCCGGCCCCAUCUCGCUUCCCCAGGGCUCCGGAAGGGAAGGAGGCGUGUCCGGAGCAGGCGGGAGGGAGCUAUAUAAAGGUGCUGGCGGCGCGCCGGCCCGGGCUUCACUCGCCGCCUCGCGCAGGGACUGGGAGCGCCGCGGGAGUCACGGGCCGUGGAGAGGGCGCUGCUCUCUGUCUACCCAAUGCGUGGACUAUCUGCAGCCGCUGCUCGUGCAAUAUGCUGGAGCUCCAGAACAGCUAAACGCCGUCGCCACACCGCUGCCUGGGCUGGAUCACAGCGCUGCCUUUCCUUAUGAAGAAGACACAAACUUGGAUUAUCACUUGCAUUUAUCUUCAACUGCUCCUAUUUAAUCCUCUCGUCAAAACCAAAGGGAUCUGCGAAAACCGUGUGACUGAUGAUGUGAAAGACGUGACAAAAUUGGUGGCAAAUCUUCCAAAAGACUAUAAGAUAGCCCUCAAAUAUGUCCCCGGGAUGGACAUUUUGCCUAGUCAUUGUUGGAUAAGCGAGAUGGUGGAACAAUUGUCAGUCAGCUUGACUGAUCUUCUGGACAAGUUUUCAAAUAUUUCUGAAGGCUUGAGUAAUUAUUCUAUCAUAGACAAACUUGUGAAAAUAGUGGAUGACCUUGUGGAGUGCAUGGAAGGACACUCAUAUGAGAAUGUAAAAAAAUCAUAUAAGAGCCCAGAACUCAGGCUGUUUACUCCUGAAGAAUUCUUUAGAAUUUUUAAUAGAUCCAUUGAUGCCUUCAAGGACUUGGAGAUGGUGGCAUCUAAAACUAGUGAAUGUGUGGUGUCUUCAACAUUAAGUCCUGAAAAAGAUUCCAGAGUCAGUGUCACAAAACCAUUUAUGUUACCCCCUGUUGCAGCCAGCUCCCUUAGGAAUGACAGCAGUAGCAGUAAUAGGAAGGCCUCAAAUUCCACUGGAGACUCCAGUCUACAAUGGGCAGCCAUGGCGCUGCCGGCAUUCUUUUCUCUUGUAAUUGGGUUUGCUUUUGGAGCCUUGUACUGGAAGAAGAAACAACCAAAUCUUACAAGGGCAGUUGAAAAUAUACAGAUUAACGAAGAGGAUAAUGAGAUAAGUAUGUUGCAAGAAAAAGAGAGAGAGUUUCAAGAAGUGUAAUUGUGGCUUGUAUCAACACUGUUACUUUCGUACAUUGGCGGGUAACAGUUCAUGUUUGCUUCAUAAAUGAAGCAGCUUUAAACAAAUUCAUAUUCUGUCUGGAGUGACAGACUGCAUCUUUAUCUGUUCUUGCUACCCACAACUCUGUAUGGAUGAUUCAGAAAUUGGAACAAAGUGUUUUACUGUGAAACUGGCACUGAAUUAAUCAUAUAUAAAGAAGAACUUGCAUGGAGCAGGACUCUAUUUUAAGGACCUGGUGGACUUGUGGUCUCAUUUAGAACUUAUAGCUGAUGUCAGAGGAGAAAGCACGUGUUCCAGACUGCAUGCAUCAUUUUGCAUGCCUCCAGAGAUGUCUAAUUGCUGAAAAGCCACACAGCUUUGCUUUCAGUUACAACCUGCAGUUCCUAGUUAUUUUGGUCUCUGCAAGUAGAUUUCAGCCUGGAUAGUUGGGGUAAUAAUCUUUCUCAAAGGGAUCUAGAAAAAAUUUUAAAAACAAAAACCUAAUAGUGUCAACCACUGUACAUAUAGAAAGCAGUGGGAACAAACUGAUUGGAGUAGGCAAUGUGUCAGCCUUGUAUCUGCUGAUUAAUGAUAUGGGUCUGAUCUUGGUCUCUUCCUGACAUGAGCCACGCCCACCUACAUCCCACUAGACAAAUGGACAUGGCUGGCUGGAUCUAUCUGUGUAGGGGAGCCAGUACUGCAUUAGAACAGUGAUGCCUUUGUAGAGGGGAAGACUCCGAAAGAGUCAUCGCACAAAGAAGCUAUGAACAUUGAACAGUGGGGCAGUCGCCGUGGAGGACAUUUGGCACCCCUGGUGAAGACGGCCUUUUACCUUGACCACUAUAGAGUGUAUAAAUCGUGCUUGCAAAAUCUAUUAUGAAGUGUUUAUAUUCUAAAACUAUUACAGAGUUAUGUAAAGGGACUUAGGAGAAAUUGCUGAAUGUAUGAAAAGUCCCAUUUUCAAUUUCUGCCAUGGGAGAGUAAAAAUAAAUUAUGAUAUUUAGUAUCUAAGGUUAGGAAACCACACCCACAUGCUGAUAUGGGUGUUGAAAACUAGGUUACUUGGCUUUUACAAGAAUGCAAGGAAUCGGGAAACUUUAGUUAUUUAUAGUAUAAUCACCAUUAUCUGUUUAAAGGAUCCAUUUAUUUAAAAUCAGGCGCUCUAUAGUCAUUAAGGUUUAGGAAUUAAAAAUAAGAGAGCUUUAUGUAGUUAUGCAUGUCAGUUUGCUAUUUAAAAUUUGUGAUGGCGUUUGUCAUAUUAAGAGUGAAUUUGGCAAGAAUUUCCAAGAUGGACAUUGCGCUUUUAAACUAGAAUUUACAAGAGAUUAUGUGAAUUCCCUUGCCAAUUUUUUUAAUAGUGAAAGGAACAUCUGACUAAAGUCAAAGAAUGAUUUCUUAUGGUUUAUUCUGAUGAAGAUUCUUUUAAUAUGUUACAAACAUACACAUAAAGGACUCCAAAGCUUUCCAUUCUAACUUAAUCCUUGUAAUAACAUUAUUGCCGUGUUCUACCAUCAUCAGAUGACCAUUUUCAAUGUAGUGAUACGAAAGAGCAUAAAAAGCUAACUUUCCUUUGAUUUCAAAAGUCCAAGAAUUUCUAAUAUCAUUGGAUUUUAGCUUACGUUCAAAGCUGAUCCCAAUACAACUCCAGUUAAGUGGCCUUGGCUCUUUUUUGUACCAAAGAGCCCAGAUAAUUUCUAUGAUCCCUUCCUUCUCUAAAGUGCUGUGGUUCUUCAAACACUAGUCAUUUUGCUACAUCCAACCUAGGUGUUUUGGGAAGCUGCAUUAAUUUAUUCAGGCCCUCAGAUAUCCCAUGGUACAAUUGAUUAAUAAUAAAAUCAGAAAUCAGUUUAAUUGCUGAAGGGACCUGUCUCGGUGUGUGAUAUUGAUGUUUUGAGGAAAAUUGACAUAGAUUAAUAUGCAUUGUGUGUGUAGGUCAUGUGUAGAUUGAGAAGAUUGAUACUUCUCAAUCUAAUAGUUUGGUCUAUUUUGCCAAUGGUUUUGAUUUUCUUAGGCACAUGAAAGUGCUAUUUAAUGAGCUUGAGAGUACAGUAAAUGUACUUUUGUUCUCAAAGCUAGUAGCUGGGUUUUAACACUUGAGGUCAUGGUCCUAAUCAAUAGAAUUAAAUAGACAAAUUCAGCAAGUUAUGAAAUUUGGCAUAGUAGGCGAGGGGAGAUGUAUUCUGCAUAAAUAAACGUAUUGGUUCCUUGAGUUACAUGGAUUACCAAUUUUUAAAACACUAAAGUUCUAUAAAGUGCAUGAACAGUAGAAAAAUGCUGAACGUUAUUUUGGAUGCUAGCUGCUUGGGCAUUAACUGUGUCGUAUCUGCUUUGAGAUAAAAAAAAUACACAUAUAUAUCUUGGCUUUAUUUUAUCCAAUAUUUGCUCUGAAUAUCUUUCUUCAUAAAUCAUGGAAAACGCACAACUGACAUUGUAAACCAUGAAAUCACCUUUUAAAUUGGUGUCAUGUAUCUGAUAGUUCUCUUUUGUAAUGUUUCAAAAUUGCCUUUUAAAAUGACCUCAGAAGUCUGCAGAUUCUAAAUUAUACCAAAAGCUUU